AUGGCUGAGUUCCGUUUCACGCAACAGGUGUUGAGUAAUGAUCUCGUCUCGUCUAUUGCUAGUCUUCUCGACUCAAUAUGCGUCCCAAGCCUUCUUUGGGGCAACUAUCUACUCACUGUUUAUGGAGUUCCCACGAUUGUGGAUGAAGUAGCCUUUGUUAUUCCGGAUGAUCUUGCCCAGGUCGCAUUCUCUUCACUUAUAAGUGCUGGCUUUUUACCCUGUAGCCAAAGCUCGGGCUGUCCGCACUCCAAUGCUCUACGAGUACCACCGUCAUUUAAGCACCUACAUAUUAGUGAUGAGCUUGCGGUCUCGCUUUAUCGGAAAUCCGAUGUCCUAUGGGAAUUUGAAGAUCUUAGGUACUUGCCUGAGGAAAAUCUAGAUAUCAUGAUUGCGUCGGAUAAUCGGCUCCCGUCGGCAUCUCUAGGUCGUGGCCGAGGACGCUUCUUAUCAUAUCCUUGUGCUGUGAAAAUCCCUUGUGCUGUGAGAUAUUGCGAGGCCCUUAUUCUGUUACUUUGCCGCGACUACGACUCUACUUACGAGACUUAUUGGUUAGCUAUUCUAACUUAUAUUAUGGAGUAUGUCGACGGUACGGAUAUCUUCGAUGAAAGCGAGCUGCAAGAAGGCUACAGAAAGUUUUACAGUGCCUUGAAACUUGGAGAUCCUACGAUGUAUUCUAUACUGGAUGAGCUCCGACUCAACUUGAUCGAAGAGCAUCGCCUCCCUUUGAUCAAUGGUUAG